UAUCUUUUAGGCAAAUAUAUUUCUGUUCCUGAAAGAAUGCUUAUAAUAGAAACUCACUGCUGAAUUUUUUCUUUAUGUGUAACAGCUUUGUUCAAAUAGGAUUCACCUAGCAUACAACAUACACAUUUAAAAUCUACAGUUCAUUAGUUUUAGUAUAUUCACAAAGUUGUGCAGCCAUCACCACAAUCAAUUUAGGACAUUUUCUUCACCCUACAAGGAAACCCUAUACUCACUGACAUCUCUCCUCCUUUCCUCUAUCACUCCUGCCCCUAGACCACCAACCUACUUUUUGUCUAUGUAGAUUUGCAUAUUCUGGAAAACUCCUAUAAAUGAAGUCAUACAAUGUUUGGUCUCUUGUAACUGCCUUCUUUCCCUUAACACAGUGUGUUUGAGCUUCACCUGUGUUGUAGCAUGUACCAGUAUAUCAUGCCAUUCUUCUUUUUGUUGCUGAAUAACAUUCCGUUGCAUGUAUAUACCACAUUUAUUUGUCCAUCAGUUGACAAAUGUCCAUCAGUUGAACAUUUGAGUGCUUUCACUUUUUGGCUGUUAGGAAUAAUGCUAAUACUGACACUUGUGUACACGUUUUUGUGUAGAAGUAGGUUUUCAUUUCUUUUGGGUAUAUAUAGCUAUGAGUGUAGAAUUGAUUGGUCUUAUGAUAAUUCUGUCUAAUGUUUUUAGGAAUUGCCACUGUUUUCUAUAGUAGCUAUACAGUGCUGGCUUUCAAAGUGGACUUGUGUUUUAAAGUUCAAAUUAUUUCACAAAAUUUUAAACUUAAGUUAUUGUAGCUAAAUGUUGACAAAUUUAGUAAAAAGUAUAUACUAUCUCUGAUUUAUUUUAGCCAACAGGAGCAAUUUGGUGUGCUCUCUUUAUUGAACUUCACAAAGCUAAGUGAUACGGUUUUUAGAUAGUAUUAUUAUAAGGUCUUUAUGGUAUAAAUUAGUGGUUAUUUUCCCUCUUCCAGAUCUGAGCCAAUGAAACAGAAGAUAAAAGAAGGGAAGCUGUGGAGGAGGGGUAUUUUGCAGAGCUUUAUCUUCCAGUUUUUAUGUUCCGUUUUUUGAGAAAAACUGUUUUAUCUUUGCAGGGAAAGAUGAAGAACGAAAUUGCUGCUGUUGUCUUCUUUUUCACAAGGCUAGUUCGAAAACAUGAUAAGUUGAAAAAAGAGGCAGUUGAGAGGUUUGCUGAGAAAUUGACUCUUAUACUUCAAGAAAAAUAUAAAAAUCACUGGUAUCCAGAAAAACCAUCAAAAGGACAGGCCUACAGAUGCAUUCGUGUCAAUAAGUUUCAGAGAGUUGAUCCUGAUGUCCUGAAAGCCUGUGAGAACAGCUGCAUCUUGUACAGUGAUCUAGGCUUGCCAAAGGAACUCACUCUGUGGGUGGAUCCAUGUGAGGUGUGCUGUCGGUAUGGAGAGAAAAACAAUGCAUUCAUUGUUGCCAGCUUUGAAAACGAGGAUGAGAACAAGGAUGAAAUCUCCAAGAAAGUUACUAGGGCCCUUGAUAAAGUUACCUCUGAUUAUCAUUCAGGAUCCUCUUCUUCAGAUGAAGAAACAAGUAAGGAAGUAGAAGUGAAACCCAAUUCGGUGACUACAACCCCAAGUCCUGUGUACCAGAUUUCAGAAUUGAUAUUCCCACCUCUUCCAAUGUGGCACCCUUUGCCCAGAAAAAAGCCAGGAAUGUACCGAGGGAAUGGCCAUCAGAAUCACUACCCUCCUCCUAUUCCAUUUGGUUAUCCAAAUCAGGGAAGAAAGAAUAAACCGUAUCGCCCAAUUCCAGUAACAUGGGUACCUCCUCCUGGAAUGCAUUGUGACCGGAAUCACUGGAUUAAUCCUCACAUGUUAGCACCUCACUAGCUGCUUUUGAUUCUGUUGGUGUCAGUGUUGAGAGAAGGUAGAAUAAGCUUGACCACAUAUUAAAAGUUCAUAUUCAUAUAGUAGUAAAGUUAGAUGGGCCAAACCGUCAAACUUAUUUUUAUAGAAAAGUUAUUGAUAAUAAUCUUUCUUAAAAAAAUAUAUAUGCACUUUAGAUAUAUUGAUAUAGUUUGAGAAACUUUAUUAAAGUUAGUCAAGUGCCUGAGUUUUUAAUAUUGGACUUGAGUAUUUAUAUAUUGUGCAUCAACUCUGUUGGAUAUGAGAACACUGUAGCAGCAGACGAUCUGUUCUAGCACCUUUGAGCAUUUAUGGAGAAUAUGUAAGUUAUUUAUACACAAGGAAAUCUAUUUUAUGUCAUUGUUUAGAAGAAUUGCGUGAAAUCAUGUAGUUGCAAAUAAAAAGUAGUUUGAGGCA